GCACUCGCUGAAAAGCUGUUGAUCACUGUCCAUCUCAUCAGACCUGUCCUCGUCAUCGCGAACACGUUUCCUGCAUUUCUCGCAGCUCCUACGAAUGUCAGAUCACGGCAGCGUUGACGGCAAGGGUAGCUGCAGGUCUCUUCGCCAGCCCGGUAUCUCGAUAAAGAUGCAACGGAGCUUCAGGAAGAUGAGAGAGAGCAUCCAAAGAAUCACCGAGAGCAUCCAGGAUGACGACAAGCAUUCACUGUACAUCUUCCCCGAACAACUGUCCACCCUGACUUGGCGCACCGGCUUCUCCAAGGACGAGAUUCGCAGGCUGUAUCGCACCUUCAAGCAGCUAUGCCCGAGGGGAUGCGUGAUCACGGGCAACUUGAAACUCGCAUACGCCAAGCUGUUUCCGCUAGGCGAUCCGGGCAGGUACGCGCAGAUCGUGUUCAACAGUUUCGACAAGGACGGCGAUGGUAUUGUCAGCUUCAGCGAUCUCCUGAGGGCCAUGGCGUCGAUUAUCAACGGUGACGUGGAUCAGAAACUCUCUUGGAUAUUUGAAUUCUAUGAUCUGAACGGGGACGGUUGCAUCACGAGACAGGAGAUGCUGGCCAUAAUAUCCGCUAUUUACGAGAUGGCGCAGGACGCGCAGAGUGUUCAGACCGCGGUUAACAGGCAAGUGGACAGGUUCUUCGAGAAGAUGGAUGCAGAUAGGGAUGGCGUGGUUACCAGAGAAGAGUUUAUGAGCGGUUGUAAAAAGCACAGAGAUAUUUUACAUAAUCAAUUAACUAACAUUGAUUAAACGCUUGUAAAAGAAGGUAUGACAUAAUUGUUUUUAUUAUCAGUCCUUGUAACAUCUAAAUUCAGCACGAUGCGGUGAAAACGUGCUAAGAGACUUCACAAAUUCUACUUUUUACAGGACACCAUUAUAUACAACCAGUUGCUAACGUUUAGCAAAAUUUGGUGACGGAAUGAGAACGAUCUCGGGAGAUCAACAAGCAACUCGCCCGUGCGUAAAAUCAUCACUUAUAAAACCCACCGUGUAUCUUUAUCUCGCUCUUUAACAAUAUGUAUAUGUUAAAAUAUAUAUUAUACAUAUCGAUGUACAUAUAAUAUAUAUUUUAAUACCUAAUAAUAUUAUAUCACAUAGUGUAUAUAUAUAUUAUAUCAUACAUUACUUCAUGUACAUAUAAAAAUUCCUCUGCUACGUAGUGUACAAUAUCAUUUCAAAUAUCUAACGUUCAUUAAAACCGCGCGAGCCCCUAAAA